AUGGCUUAUUCUGCGGUGGUUUCUCUCUUGCAAUCACUAGAGCAUCUAUUGCGAUUCCCAUGUCUGAUUCUAGAAAUUAAGCAAAUACAAGCCAAAGCUUUCAAUAACAAAGUUGACAAGGCCCUAAACCUUUCCAGAAGAACCUCAACUAUGUCCAAGGUUCAUCUAAGGACAUUAAUCGCGACAACUGAACCUCUAGCAUUGACUGUAGGAGAAUUUAUCGAGACAGUUAAUACUCAUAAGCUAGUAUCAAAAAUUUUUGAGAUAUUGCAAAACAUGUUUUUGGUUGAGCAUAGAUCACCACCAAGAAUGUUGGAAAAAUGUCCCAAAGUACUGGAAGAAAUGGGUCAUUUUAGGGCAGAGCUGAUGAAAUUGCUCGGUAGGACAACAUAUCCCCACAACAACAGGGUGGGAGAACAUUCAAGACAACCUUCUUGUGCCUGGGUGGUAAAAUUGCUGCAGGCCAGUAACAAACUCAGACAUGCCAUAACCGUUUCCCAUAGAAUGGCCAUGGAGAUGACAGUUCUUUGCCAGGAUCUACGAUAUUUGCUAUGUUUUCUUGAGAGUUCUUCAAAUGAAUUCCGCGGUGAUCACCAAGUGUCAAAGAUCAUUGAAUUCAAACAUGUAACACUCGGUGAUCAAAGAGAAUCACUGAUAGGGAUUCAUUACGUCCGGAAAGUAGUUAGGAAAUUCUUUGAUGGAGAGAGUGGGAUUUGUCAAGGUUUGUUGCAGACACUGCAGAUUGCUCGUUCAGUUAGACAAAUGAUGAGGAAGAUGUAUGAUAAAAGAGCUGGUGGCAAGGAAUAUUUGCAGUCAGGAAAUGCUUCACUCGGGGGCUCAUUACAGCACGAUUCAAAUAAGCAACAUAUUGUGAUUGGCCUUGAUGACUACUUGGGUAGAAUGCUGGACCAAAUUACUGGAUUUCCAUCUAGACUAGAAAUCGUCACGAUUGUUGGGAUGGGUGGCAUCGGUAAAACAACACUUGCCAAAAACAUCUUUGAUCAUCCUUACACCAUUUAUCACUUCUAUUGUCGUGCAUGGGUUGCAGUGUCCCAAGUUUAUCAAGUGAGGGAUUUGUUAUCAGGCAUUUUGAGCUCUGUUGGUCAACUCAAUGCUGAAACCUAUUCAAAAACCAAUGACCAAUUAGCUGAGGUCUUGUAUAGAAGUUUGAAGGGCAGGAGAUAUUUAAUUGUCAUGGAUGAUAUGUGGAGUGCUAAGGCUUGGGAUGAUGUCAAAAGAUCUUUUCCAAAUGAUAAAAAUGGAAGUCGAGUAAUAGUAACUACUCGGUUUAACGGAUGUGGCUAUCUAUACCCUCAGUUUCACAACUUGCCACGGACUGAUAGCAGGAUUCAACUGGUGCAGCUCCAAGAACGUAGCGUAACAUGGAUGCCAAGUGUUGAUGAUUGCCUUUCUUUGCCAAGAACUCUGAAUUUACUCCUAAGCAUAGAAGAAAGCUCGAAAUUAAUGGAAAAUAUAUUGUUUGGAGUGGAAGGUUGUCCUCCGGAGUUGGUAGAUGUUGGAAAAUAUAUAGCCAAAAGGUGCCAAGGCCUGCCACUUUCUAUUGUUGUUGUAGCUGGUCUUCUUUGCAGUAUCACGAGAACACUUGAUUCCUGGAGGGCCAUAGCAAGCAGCAUUAGUUCAUUCCUACGCACUGACGCCGAACAUUGUCUAGAAAUGCUUGCUUUAAGUUACAACCACCUACCCCCUUACUUGAAAGUCUGCUUCCUGUAUAUGGGGGCUUUCCCUGAAGAUUGUGAAAUUGAAGUGCAAAAAUUGAUCCAUUUAUGGAUAGCCGAGGGCUUCUUGGAUCCAAAAGUUCUUGAACAUCCAGAAGCAGUGGCUGUGGAUUACUUGGAAGACCUCAUUCGCAGAAGCUUAGUUUUGGUUGGAAAAAGGAGUUUUGAUGGCAAAAUCAAAACAUGCCUCCUCCAUGAUCUUUUGUGGGAACUGUGCUUAAGAGAAGCUCAGAAAGAAAACUUCUUAUCUGUGAUAAAAGGUUUUUCUGCAGACAUCUUAUUCUUCCAGUUGGGCUUUAAAUUGCUAAAAGUAUUGGAUGUGAUUUUUCUGCGAUUUGAAACUUUCCCUGUUCAAAUACUAGAACUGGUUAAUUUGAGUUACCUUGGACUGAUGGUCACUUUUGAGCUUCCCAAAAUGUUAUCUAGACUCAAGAAUCUGCAAACACUAGUGAUUCAUGGUCCCUGGACUAGCACAGAUUAUGCUGAGUCCCCAAAUCUGUUGUUUGAAUAUUGGAGUAUGCCAAAGUUAAGGCAUCUCUAUAUUACUGUUGCUUGCUGUUUAAGAAGUCCUUCUGUCAAAAUGGAUAUUAGUUUAUGGCCAUUCACUUCAAAAUGCAUCCAAGUUGUGUCCGGAAUUAGAUUUGCAAGCUGCACCAGGGAAGUUUUCAUCAGCAUGCCUUCUCUAAGGAUGUUAGGAUUGUCUGAAACCAAGGAAGACUAUGAGAUGGAUUGGUCAGCCAAAUGCCUAAAAGAGCUUUUCUAUUUGCAAGAACUUUGGACUUUUGAAGCUAUGCUUCUACAGGGAAAGUACAAAAAUACGGAGAAUCUUGAUGCUUUGCCAUCUAAUCUCAGGAAAUUGACCAUAAGUUGGAGCUAUCAACCAUGGCAGAAUAUGACCUCCAUUGCCUCGUUACCCGAACUGGAGGUGCUCAAACUGAAAAAUUAUGCUUUCCAAGGGCCAAAGUGGGAACCAACUGAAGGGGGCUUUCGUGUUUUGAAGCACUUGCUGGUUGAGAAGACUGAUCUAGUGUCAUGGGAGGCCACAAGCAAUCACUUUCCAUGUCUUGAGCAUCUAGUUCUCAAGUCUUGCAAGUACCUGAAAGAGGUUCCCUACGGUAUUACAGAAAUUUCUACCCUGAAGCGGAUAGAGUUGCACAACUGUAGUGAAUCUGCAAAAAUUUCUGCUACAAGUAUUGAAGUUGAAAGCCUUGAUGUUGUCAUCAAAAGCGAUAGAUUUCAGCACUCAGCAUAAAGGGAAGCUUUGAGCUGCGGCUUGCAAUUUCAAUUUCCCAACUGAUCUGGAAUUGCUUCUUGUCAUCCAUCUUGC